CAAUAGAUAUUGAUGAUCCUGAAAUUGUUGAAAAUGUUACAGAAUCAAUAGGAAAGACAGUAUAUAGGUCAUUAAAAGAUAUUUUAUUAUAUAUUAUUCCUUCUUUAGUUCAAAAAAGAACUCUUCAAUUAUCAGAUCCAACCUUAUAUAUCCGAAUUUCAGGAGAUGAUCGUAAUGUUAGAAAAAAAUAA